AAAAAAUUAAGCAAACCUAGCAUGGUUUACAAGCAGCUAUGUGCCAAAUUCCAAGCGGAUCCGUUCAACCGCAACUGGUUCUUCGUACAUCCCACACGAUGCGGUGUCCACUUCGCCAUCCUGAAACCACAGUGCGACUGCACCAGUCACGUCCGCAAUAACAGAAGAGGUACAACCAUGAAGACCGACUACAACCUGAAGCUAUUCAAAUUCUCCACGAAGUGUUGGAGGUGCAGGGUGAAGGGUUUGUUACCCUUCCCGACCGAUGUGAGCAGAGAAAAGUAACCUGAUAUUAGGCUACUCAUUCCAUAAUCGAAGGACGAUAUGCAAUGCCGAUAGAAUAGUUAUUACGGUGGACUGUAGAAUAGCCUGGACCAUAAUACUGAAGCCCUGGUGCAACAGAGUACGAAAAGAGUUCGAGGACUGUGCAUGCUCGUGAAUGAAGACAUGGAGUCUUAUCCGUGACAAGCCUAGAGGGACACGAGCAUCCGUGCGCUGUGAUAGUUUUGUUGAGAAAGCAUUGACGC